CUAAUGUAAGUGUAUCUUGCAACAAAAUGAUAGAGAGUUCCCCAGCCACUACAACUAGUAAUACACCCAAUAGCCUCUCAACUCAGCAACCAACAGGUACUACUUCAUUCUCUUCCACAAAGGGUGAAGCUACUACGACAACAAUCCAAUCAACAACAACAACCCCAACUCCCACAUCCUCGGCUACAAAAUUUACGUCAGCAAUAUCACCUAGUUUCAAAACAGCUUUAACUACUGACUCCAGUACCACUACAAGUACUUCGGAAACUGCUAGAGAAUCAACAACAACGCCAACUCCCAUAUCCUCGACUACGACUCUUACUUCAGCAAUGCCACCUAGUUCCAAAACAAGUACCUCGCUUAUGACUACUAACCCAGCUUUAACUACUGACUCCAGUACCACUGCAAGCACUUCGCAGACUGGUGGUGAAUCAACAACAUCCAGUGUUAUGGCAUCGGCCAGCGAUUCAUCAACAUCAGUUGAAAAAAUGACAAAAAAUCCAAGUUCUUCUUAUACAGGAUCUGAAGAGACAUCCACUGAAACAACAACUUUAUACGUAGCUCCAGAUGGUCUAUCAGACACACAAGUUCAAUAUAUCAUUAUUGGGGUAGCGGCUGGAGUUGUUGUCAUCAUCAUUAUUGUCAUUAUAAUUAUUAUAUGCAUACGAAAGAAGAAAAGAAAAAAUAAUCCACCUAACGUUCCCUUGGAACAUAUAAAUCCUGGUUUUACAGACGAUGAGUCUGAUUAUGGAAACAAUACUAUCCAUAACAACAAAAAUACCAUUAAUCAAACUUCCAGUGACGACAAUGGUCACUAUGCUGUUGUUCCUGAUGUUUAUGACAGUAGAAUUGCUAAAGUUCAACCGCUUCCAAGAGAUGAUUCUGCUGAAGAUAAUCACGUGACUCAUGAUGAUUCGGUUACCGACCAUUAUGCUCUGGCUGAUAUCGACACACCAAAGACGACUAAAGCCCAAAAGCUUCCAAAGGAUGCCUCUGCUGGAGAUAAUCACGUGACGGAUGAUGAUUCGGUUAUCGAUCAUUAUACUCUGGCUGAUAUCGACACACCAAAGACGACUAAACAACAAAACACUACAACUGGGGAGAUGGAGCAACACAAAUCUAUACCAAGUAGCAUGAACCCAAAACACAAGUCUAAACGACAACCAAUUUUACCAGUUGAUGUAAAGGACUUGUAUGCUGUCGUUAACAAACCUAUAAAGGAAGGGAACCAUGAACCAGAACAUAGUCAAGACAGUAUUGAUGUUUUGUACGCUGUACCAAAUAAACCAAAGAAGCAACAGGUCGGCGAUUCUAGUACAACAGAAACUAAAGAUGACAUAGAGAACAAAGCCACUACCGAGGAUAACGAAUCCGCACUAAAUGAAAGUACGAAUAUACUUCAAGAGACAUCAACUAUGGAUACAGACAACCCCUUGAAUUCAGCAACAGACACACGUACUGUAGAAUCAACGGCGUUAUAACCAGAAGGAAUGACACGACUAUCAGAAACUCAGAUUUACUAAAUGUAUACCUUCUUGACACAUACAAUUACGCAGUAGUGGUCUACUGCUUUUCGCGCGAAAGACUCGGUACGAGCACCGUAGCCCUGUAACAAAAUAUCCCUUGAUAUGAGACAAGUCACAUCAGUUUCUGUUUUUAAGUCAAAAUCAAGAAUAUCUAUUCACCCGGGCUUUUAUCUAAGUUUACCUUAUUUUAUCAUUAUUGUUACUUUACAUAUUGGACAUUUUACUCAAUACUGCCCAAUACUUAAUGUUUUGUAUUUUAUUCUCUCAUUUUGUUAUAUGCACAUUCAUGUAAUGCGCAUCUUGACAUAAAAGAUGUGCUAUAUAAUUAUAUCCUAAUAAUAACACCAUAAAAUUAUAAAAUAUGCCAGUGAAAAAGUGAUAUAAAGACGAAAGUUUAACGCGUGUGUGUGAUGGAGGAUUGUGGAUGUUAAUAAUUAGUAGUUGAUUUCGCGCCAAACAAUGUAUUAGAAAGACUAUCAAUCUCAUAGCCACCCUCUCCACACCUUAAUAUAUUUAUAUAUAUCAUUCAUAUGUAUUUACGCGAAUAUAUUUAUUUUUAAGCGUUUCAGCGUAUAGCUGAAAAUAGUUGCCUGUUCGUCGGUAAUGACACAUGAAUAUUAAUUAGAUGUGGCAUGCACGUGUGUGCUUGUCUAUAAGUGUCAUUCUGGCUUCUGUCGUCGACUUGAUAACUUCAAGUAUAACAGUAUGUUUGUCAUGUAAUGGGUUGAAUAGGUUCAUAGGUUUAUAUUUGUCUUAUAAAAUUUUUAUCUCCGUUUUUUUGUAACUAACAAUAUUUAUAUUAACAAUUGUAUAUAUGCAUUUAGUAUAAUAUCUAUUAAUAACUGUUAUUAUUA